AUGAUGAAAGCUAUACUAGUUACCGGUGCGACAGGAAAGCAAGGAGGAUCUGUCAUCAGAAGUCUCGUCGCGAGGAACGCCUCUUUUGAGAUACUUGCUGUCACGCGCAAUCCGCAGUCCGCAUCGGCUCAGCGACUCGCGAAGUUAUCGUCGAACAUCAAGUUAGUCCAAGGCGAUCUCGAUAAACCAGCAGAGAUCUUCCAGAGUGCGCAACAUGUGACAAAGACUCCCAUCUGGGGUGUCUUUAGUGUGCAGGCAGUCGCAAUUAACAACGAAGCCAAAGAAGAAACGCAAGGCAAAGCCCUAAUCGAUGAAGCACUCAAGCACAACGUCAAAUUCUUCGUGUACAGCUCUGUAGAUCGAGGUGGCCCGUCCGCCUCACCUACCAACCCAACUCGCGUCCCGCACUUCAUCAACAAGCACAAUAUCGAGCAGCACCUCAUCGAAAGAACCAGAAACACUCAGAUGGGGUGGUUCAUCCUCCGUCCGGUGGCGUUUUUCGACAACUUGACCCCGAAUUUCUUCGGUAAAGUCUUUGCGACUUGCUUCAAGACGGCGCUUCAGGGGAAGCCGUUACAAUUGGUAGCGACAAGCGACAUUGGUGAUUUUGCUGCCGAGGGGUUUCUGCAUCCGGAGACGUAUGGAGGACAAGGCCUGUCGCUUGCUGGUGAUGAAUUGACGUUUGAUCAAUUUGCCAAGAUCUUUGAGCAAGAGACGGGGCAGUCAAUACCUCUUACCUUCCGGCCGGUUAGCUCGUUGAUAAUGGCUUUCAUGAAGGAAAUGGGUUAUAUGUUUCAGUGGUUUCAUGAUGAGGGAUUCAAAGCUGAUGUCGCAGAGUUGAAGAAGAUUCAUCCGGAUUUGAAGAAUUUUGGUACUUGGUUGGAAACGGAGAGUGCCGUCAAUGAAACGGAAUGCUCCCGCGGAAGAUUGGUCGUGCGCGAAGGACGAAGUCGGUAUGUCGGGGAUGAGGCGUCGGUUGUCCUUGGGGAUAAGAUAAAUGAGCUACAAGAGAUCUGUGACAGGUCUUCGGAUGAGGAGAGUGUCGCCUAUACAACCAUUACCAAAAUGGUCACACCUUCUGUAUCCUCCAUUGGAAUUUUUGGGUCCGAUCAAUCAACCAAUGCCGUCAUAACCUAUGCUGAAUGCCUUCAGCCGCCACAGGUACAAGCACUGUGGGAUGUAUAUCAGGUGAAUGUGGCGCCUAUGAUAGCAUUUCUGCACAAGCCAUCGAUUACUUCUUUGGUAUGCGAGCUCGGCGCAAAUGCAAACUUACAACUGGAUACUGCGCAGGAGGCCCUAAUACUGGCUAUGUGCUUUGGCGCUGUAGUGAGCAUGACGCCACAGAAGUGUUCUUUUGUUCUUGGCGAGGAUCAUGACACGUGCAUUAAUAGGUACAUGAACUGCGUGAGACAGGCUCUAGGAAAAGCGAGUCUUAUAGGCACUCAAGAUAUUCGAGUACUACAAGCCUCCGUCUUGUUCCUAUUAUGUCUUCGCCGAUGUGGUGACUCACGACUUGUAUGGGCUGAGGCAGCCAUCGUGGUUCGGGUCGCACAGCGGCUAGGCGUGCAUCGCGAUGGUGAACAUUUGAGACUGUCUCCUUUCGAGAUUGAAAUACGCCGUCGAUUGUGGUGGCACAUCUGCAUUCUUGACAUGCUCUGUUCGGAGGAUCAGGGAACUGAUCCACAGAUACACCCUGACAUGUUUGAUGCAAAAAUUCCCUCAAACAUCGAUUGCGAUGAUCUCACGCCGCAAAUGACAGUGCUUCCGACCAUACAUCAGGGAUAUACGGAUAUUACGCUGUGCAUUAUCAAUUGCGAAGUCAUAAGCAAUUUGUACUGGUCCGGCAAGUCCCUACACAAAGACGCCAAGCAGGUUUCAUCCUUUGAAAAAGGGAGCAUCAUAUCUGAUCUUUCAGACCGGCUCSAGGCACAGUUUCUGCGCAAAUUGGACAUUGACAGUCCAAUACAGUGGCUGACAGCCGUAAUUGCCCGCCUCAUGCUGUCCAUGGCAUGGCUUGUCAAUCGUCUCAACGCCGCUAGAGCAGAUCAAUCUUCGAAUACGACGACAUAUGAUGAAAUAUUCCAUAUGGCACUGGAAAUCCUCAAGUUUGCCACGCUACUGCAGAAUAAAGAGACAACAGCCCCAUGGGAUUGGCUCAACAAGACAUACAAGCACAGGAAUGUAGCGGCAUUCGUUCUUUCUGAACUUUGUGUACGGCCCAUCACACCCGAGACGGAGCAUGCCUGGGAGGUGGUGUCGCAGCUUUGUAAUCAGUGGUUAUCUGAAGAUUCGCAGACACAGACCCAUGCAAUGCUCCAUAAGCCUUUAGCACGGCUGAUGGAAAGAGCGACUCUUGCACGCAAGAAACAGCUGGAGAGUCAAACGGCUGUAUCUGCAGUACAAAUUUCCGAAAUGCAGAGGUCUGAGCUCAUUAGAGGAGCAGGAAACGACGUGUUCCUGGAAGAUGCUGAAUCUGAGUUCUCAUUCUCGAAUCUGGAUUGGCUCACGGCACCUUUGCUAUAA